UGACGUCAGUUUAAAAAAAUAUGGCGUCGAACACAGAGAAGAAGCUCGUCCGCUCCAAAAGUGGUCUCCGAAUGGUGCCUGCUGAUGAAAAAGUGCAAAGUCCAUUUACACUUUCGGAACCAGAGUGGACACCUGACAAUGUGUGUCGAGUCUGUCAGAAUUCAGAAUGCCAACUCAAGUUUGACCUCUUUCACAGAAAGCACCAUUGUCGACGUUGUGGAAAGUGUUUCUGUGACAAAUGUUGCUCAGUUCAGAUUGCCUUACCUCGCAUGUGUUUUGUUGAUCCUGUGCGUCAUUGUGAGAUCUGCUUAAAUGUCACCAAAAAGGAGAAUGAGUUUUUUGAUAAACAUCUGAAAGUUCUCCUAAAUGGAAGUCUUCUCAACAUCCUGGAUGAUAACAUUGACACCAGCCAGAGUGAAGGUUUUACAUGCAGACUAUCUCAAGACCACAGAAAACUGGAGUUUGUUGGUGAGAACUCCAAGAGAGAGCCUAUUUCAAUAGAAAAAAUUGAGAGUAUUCAAAUCAUGGCCUCGGAUUGUGACAUGCAUGGUAAUCGGCUUGGAACUGGGAUUGCUAUGCGUUAUAAAGUAGGGGACAAGAGUAGCUCAGACAUAGAGAUCCUGAAGAUGGCUGUUGACGAAGGAAUGAACAAGAAGCAGGGGAUAUCUUGGAUAGCUGCCAUGCAGAAGGCUUUUAAAAUGAUAUGUGAAUCAAAGACAGGAUGACAGCCUAACAGUAGAUAUGGACGGGAACUUGACCAAAGAACAGAAGUCGGCUACAUCUGCUUCCAGAUAAUUGCUAUAGUCAGAUCAUAAAAUGGCAUGAAUCACUUAUUCAAUCAGUUUACUUUUACUGCUUUAUUCAUACUGGACAAGAACAUAAUUAUAUGUGGAAGAGUAUGCUUUAUGCAGAAUAUGUCACUGUGCCAUUGUCUUGUGUAUGUGGUACAUUAAUAAGGUAUCAGAUCUUUAAAUGCUAAUAACUGCUAAUAUCUUAUUAUUUUAAAUGAUUAAUUUUCAUAUUAUGGUAUUUUGAUGUGUUUGUGAAAUAUAUAGUUUAUGUUAUGAAGCUAUUAUCUUAAUGAGCAUAUUAGGUAAUUACUCUUAAUGGAUUACUUAAAAUUUGGAAUAUACCAAAUUUGUUUUUUAAAUAGUGGGAUAAUUUUUUUUUUGAUGGAGCAGGUUGGGGAAGGGUGGAUACGUUGUAUAUGAAGCUCAUCUUCAAACUGACAUUAUUCCUAAAAUUUUCUAAAAUAUUUGUGCACAAAUUGUUAACAUGUAUUCUUUGCGUCACAAAGUAUUAAACUUCCCAUUUAGUUAUCGGACGAUUUUAAAACAUAUAUAUGUUUAUCACUGAGGUAUUUUAUUGUCUUGCAUGUUGGUCUGUGCCUUGAUCAGUCUAAUAAAUGCCUUAGGUAGACUCUGUCCCUGCUUCUUCUGUAGUGGGACUAACUGCUGAAAGAGAGCUGUAGAGCAUAUCUACUUUUGAGAACAAGCUUCAAUCAAACUUUUACAUCUCCUGCAUUGAACGUAAUCUGAUUCUCCUCAUAACUCCCUGUGGUACCAGCUUAUUUUAGAAGUGUUCUCAGCAAGUAACUAAUCUUUAUUUUAGAUUGUCUGUUACCGAUACGCAUUUCCUUAGCAUUGCUUAAGAGCGGUAAAACAGGUAAUAUUUUCAAGUUGAUUUUAACGAGUAUCAAGUAAAAAUGUUGCUACACAUUCCAUUAGAAUAGUUAUCAUUGGAUUCCAUCUACAUGUAUUUAAUAUUUCAAAUUUGGCUGUUUUAUGUUAAGACUAAAUUUAGCAUACACAUAAAAGCAUGCAAGAAUGUCAUUUUAAGUGAUGGUGCAAGUUUUGCUUUAGCUGAUUGUCCAUGAUGUUCCUUAACUACUUAAGGCAGCUGAAUAUGUGGCAAAGUUCUGAGUUUAAAAAAUCAGGAAAUCAGUCUGUGUAUGUAUAUUGAUCUGAAAUCUGAUAUUGCAUAGCUCCAUAUGCACAGAUAAGUCCCAUAAGUUAGAUUUAGUGUGAAGUAAUUCAGUAUCUUGUUAAAAGCUUUAAAAUUGUUACUUGUUUUUAGUUUCAUUAUCAAGCAACAUGUUAAAACGGUUAGUUGAUUUUGUUUUGCUGCCUUUUUGGGAAAGUACUUGUUUCCUCCCCUGAAGCUGCCAUAAACCAGAGAUGCAAAUUUCUGCCUUGCUGGUUAUGUUUGUUUUUUAGCUUGGUUGCAUAUCUCUUCCAAUAUUUUUGCUGAGGCCACCUCUGAAAUACCUGAAUUUUUUGUUUGAUCAAAUUUACUUAUGCAUAUAAAACAUAGAAGCUUCUCUCUUGUCGAGAGAUUAAUUGGCAUUGUAACUUAUUUGUACUAGGACUCUAUUCAGCCUUCUAAAAAAUACAGUGGCACUCACACUUUUUUUUUUUUUUAGUCUUGUGUGUUUCUCAAAUCUCUGGUCUUAGUAUAUGAAAACUUGUUUGCUUUGUUAUCUUGUUUCAUGCUAUUGUUAAGACAAAAUGGCAUUCCAUGUAUCUAUUAUAAUAUUUUGUACAGCUUAUAAUAAAAAGUACACCUAUGCAAUUUUAUAACACAUUAAAAAAUGCAAUGAAGCAGUACCAAUUUAUUAAAAAACUGCAUGUUAAUAUUUGUUUUCCAACUUUUUCUUAAAAAUCCAUAUCAUAUUUGUCUUGUAAGGUGAUUUCAGGACAAAGUUAAUACAUCCAUGGAUUGGCAUUUUUUUCUUUGUUGAGAAAUAAGAUAAAAAGAAUGUUCAUAGGCAUCUGUAAUAACCACAUUUGUUAAGUGUAGGUAAAUAGAUACUGGUGCACACUGUUGUGGAAUCUGCUUUCAUGGAAUACAGUGGUAAUGUGUCAGAAUACAGACAUUUAGCCCUUUUUUGAUGUAUAAAUAAGGAAUACAUCUUAGAGGAUUAAUGAAUCAGAAUCUUCUACAGUUAACUAUAUAAAUGACCAUAAAAUAGUUAUAUGUAUGCUUUAAAAAAAAGUAGUUGAACAUUUAAACAUUUAAGUAAAAUUUUAUUUGCCUAAUGCAUUUAUAUGUUCAGUCUAAUACUCGAUGCUUUCAUGAAUUAUCUUACAAACACAUAAAAAAUAGUUUUAAAGAAAUUUAUGUGUAUGUGUGUGCAAGGAUGUGUGCCUGAUUUUUAUCUGAUACUCAAAAGAUAUUUGGGUAUAUGACUUAAUUGGGUUUCAUGUACACUGGAUUUCAUUAUAUUUUGAUGGAUAAUUUCACAAAGAUUGUAGUGUGGACAUUCAGAUGGCUUGAUCAAGUACAGCUUUCUAGUUAAUUUUGAAUUUGACUUGUGGUAUAACACAUUUGGUUAAAUAUUUUUUCAAACACCAUUGGUGCUUGAGACGGUUGGAUAGUGAGUGCAUCAAAGGGGAAUGAGGAUGAUACAAAUAUUUUGGGAAUUACAAAUGUGCCAUAGCUAUAUUUAGAGUGUCAUUUAAAAUUACUGAUGCAUUACAGUCCUUGCUUAUGAUCUGUCUGAGAGAAAUCAAGGUAUUUAUGAAUUUUGCAUUAUUUGUUUUUGUUUAUUUAUUUUUUGCAUCUUCAUUUGAUAAAGGUGCUAUUCGCAAACUCUAGUCUUUGAAAUCUCGAGGUUUGAUUCAUUGAAAUUCUUGGAAAGGGAGAGCAAUGUUACUUUAUUAUCCAUGAUUGUGAUACAACCUUACAUGCUAGGCCUCAUCUCAAAUCCUGAAAAUGUUGUUUUCCUUCAGUUUGUAAUGUACACACACCUUAAUGUUUGAAUCCCUUUACCCUGUGACAGGUAUAUGUAAUAUAGUGAAAAAAAUGUCAACAUUAACCCACCCCAACCUCUUUUUGUCCCAUCUUUCUCAGAACGACGUUGCAUACCCAGGUUUAUACUCUCUCUCAUAGUCUAAAAAUGUGAGAGGUGAAAUAAACACGCAAUAGAGGGUAAAAAAAAAAACUGGCCGGUGAUAUGAUACAAUUUACUUUUAGGGAUACCUGGCUUUGAGCUUCACUUGUUAAUGCAAUUUUUCUCUCUCUUUUAUUUUUUGUUUUCUGAAAAGGAUGAACUUUUUAAAUAUUUUACUGUGUAUUGCAUAUUAAACAAUUUCAAAAAUA